GCUUCUUCUUCCUCCUCCUCGCCCCCUCUUUCCCCAACGCCAUUUUAUUACCCUUCCCCAUCUUCCUUUCCGGGGAUCUCUCUCUCCUCUCUUCUCUCUUUCGGAUCGAAUUCGAAGAAAGUGUUUGCGCCUGCUUCUAUUCUGUGUUCGAAUUUUGAUUUUUUUUUGAAGGGGAAUUAUCCCUAAACAUGGCUGGGAUUUGCUGUGGAUUUGUUGGCGAGAGUGACGCAACGGCUCCGGUGGAGCCGAGCACUAAGGCUUCACGGCGGAGGAGAUUGGACCUCCGCACAUUCUCCCUUGCUGCGGAUUUGUCCGCCGCCUCCGAUGACACCAGCCGGAAACAGCGUAAGCUCGUUCCGUCAGCUGGUGCGAGUAGUAGCUCUACCCCGCGUGAUUGCCUGAACGCCGUCGAAAAUUCACGGCCAUGCGGCGGCGGGGGAGCCGAUUUGGAGGGGAAGGAGCGUGAGGUGAGAAAUUCCGUGGAGAUUGAAUCUGCUCUGAAGCCGGAGGAAAGCUGUGCAGUUCCGACGGCGAAAUUCGGAUUGACUUCUGUUUGUGGUAGACGGAGGGAUAUGGAAGAUGCGGUUACUGUACAGACAACCUUCGGCCACGUAGGCACUUCCUUCUUCGGCGUUUUCGAUGGCCACGGCUGCUCUCAUGUCGCUAUGAAGUGUAAAGACCGCCUGCACGAGAUAUUGGAGGAGGAAAUCAGGAGCUACGGCCAGGAGAAUUCAAUCGAAUGGAAAGAAACCAUGGAGCGGAGCUUCGCCAAGAUGGACGGCGAGGUCGGGGACUGGUGCACCGACGAAGCUGCAAAGGCCACCGCUUGCCGUUGCGAGCUCCAGACACCGCAGUGCGACGCCGUUGGUUCCACCGCCGUCGCGGCCGUGGUGACCCCCGACAAAAUCGUCGUCUCCAACUGCGGCGAUUCCCGUGCCGUCCUUUGCCGUAACGGCGUCGCUGUUCCCCUCUCUUCCGAUCAUAAGCCUGACCGGCCGGACGAGUUGCUCCGUAUCCAAGCCGCCGGCGGCCGUGUAAUCUACUGGGACGGCCCUAGAGUCCUCGGAGUUCUUGCAAUGUCGAGAGCAAUCUGGGACAACUACUUGAAGCCAUACGUGAUUCCUGAGCCAGAGGUGACCGUCACGGAACGAACAGGAGACGAGGAAUGUCUUAUCCUAGCAAGCGACGGGCUGUGGGAUGUGGUGUCAAAUGAUACCGCUUGCGGAGUGGUCAGGAUGUGCCUCCGCGCCCAGAAGCGGCCCUUGCCGGUGGCGGAAGUAUCUCCGUCAGGCGACGCCGCCGUGGGGAGCGGCUCCGAUAAGGCCUGCUCCGACGCCUCGAUGUUGCUGACAAAGCUGGCACUAGCUCGGCACAGCACUGACAACGUCAGUGUGGUGGUGGUUGAUUUGAGACGCAAGUCCAAAGCUGUAAACCCUUAAUUGGGCUCGGAUUUAGAAUGAAAAAACAAAAAGAGCAAUUGGGAAUUGGUGGGAUAAUAUAUGGAAUAGUUACAUACGUAUGUAGAUCAGAACUAGCUUUAGAUUUCCCCAUAUUGGAUGUUUGGUUAGCUUUGUGGAAGGAAAAGAAAAAAAAAAAAAAAAAAGAGAUCCAAGUUAUUUCCCAUCUGUUUUAAUUUUUCCUAUCUGACUGCUGAAAUGUGCAGGAUUGGGGUUGGUUUUGGGACAGCGGGAGAAUGUAUAAUAUGACAUCAAGAGUCUCCAUUUGUAAAACUGAGAAUUGAGUAAAUCUUCUGGUCUGUUUAUCUGUUCGAGCAGCAAGUGUUAUCUGGAGAAUUGGAAUUAGUUAAAAACGUGCCUUCUGUUUGAGGUGGAGAAAUUGCGGGUGAGCUGACAGGAGUCUGGUCAGGGCAAUACAAAAUAGAAAGAAGGAAACCUUAGGCAACACAUAAUGGAAGGAGGAAUUCGGUCUGCUGGUCUUGUCAUUUUGAUAUUGUUGCAAGUGCAGA